GGUCAAUCAGCUACAAAAGGCCUGCGAUCAAACUGACCAACAACAUGAGGAAGCAGCACUGUGACUAGAGGUGAUGAGAGUUCACCAAAAGCUCAGCUUCUGAUCCCUCAGUUUUAGCCCUGCCCUCUGCAGACUGAAGACAGGGAAACAUUCAAACUGCUGUCUAUCAAAUCCAGCACCGUAACAACGGACCGCUCCAACAGCCCCCAAAAGAAUCCUCCAUCUGAGGUGAGAAUGGAGGAUGAGACAAGUUCGUCACCAAGGUCAAAACCUCGCUACACAGGCCAGGUCCGCCUUUGCACUGCCCGCUACAGUUAUAACCCUUAUGAUGGACCGAAUGAACAUCCUGAGGCAGAGCUCCCUCUUGUGGCUGGAAAAUAUCUAUAUGUGUAUGGAGACAUGGAUGAUGAUGGCUUUUAUGAAGGGGAGCUGCUGGAUGGCCAAAGAGGACUUGUACCUUCCAACUUUGUAGAAUUUGUCCAGGAUAAAGAAAAAAUUAUUAUGGAAGGAGGGGAAGACGUAGGCCCUCUGGAGCGAACAUCCAUGGCCCUGAUGACCGUGGAUGGAGGUACCUCCCAAGAUGUCCUGCUGGGCUCAAGCAAUUCUCUGGUUCCAUGUAGCAAUGGGACAGGGGGAGGGCUGGAUCCUGAGGACCUAGCUGAAGAUGUUGUGCCUUACCCCCGUAAGAUAACCCUCAUCAAGCAGCUGGCACGGAGUGUUAUUGUGGCAUGGGAGCCUCCAGCAGUGCCUUUGGGCUGGGGGAACAUCUCUGGCUACAAUGUGUUAGUUGAUGGGGAACUUCGUGCCAGUAUACCAUACACCGGCCGGACCAAGUGCUUGCUGGAAAAGCUGGACUUGGACAGCUGCAUUUAUCGUGUCUCUGUACAGAGUGUCACUGACCGUGGCUUGUCGGACGAGCUACGCUGCACUGUUCUGGUGGGAGCCAACGUGGUGGUGGCACCAUGCGGAAUGCGGGUAGAUGACAUCCAGCGGGACACUGCCGAGCUCUCCUGGCUGCCUAGCAACAGCAACUACAGUCACACUGUGUACUUAGAUGGGGCGGAGCAUGCUGUAGUAAAGCCCGGAAGGUAUAGAUUAAGAUUCCACAACCUAAAGCCUCUAACGGUGUAUAAGGUCACAGUAGUGGCACAGCCCCACCAGGUGCCAUGGCAACUGCCUUUGGAGCAGAGAGAGAGGAAAGAAGCUGGGGUGGAGUUUUGCACACAAGCAGCAGGCCCAACACUAUUUUGCAGAACAGGUCCCCCACAGCCUCCACAGGAUGUUCAGGUGCUCUGUGGGCAGGCUCCAGGGGUUCUGCAGGUCCGCUGGAAGCCUCCAAUCCUCUCUCCGACUGGCACAUCUAAUGGGGCAAAUGUUGUUGGCUAUGCAGUCUGCACUAAAGGACAAAGGAUUGCUGAGGUGCUGUUUCCAAUGGCAGACUAUGUUACCAUUGAUCUGACAAGGAUUCAAUGCCUGGAAGCCAGAGAAGUCAUUGUUAGAACACUGUCAGUCCAGGGUGAAUCCCAGGACUCCCAAGUCGCUGUCAUUCCAAACAACCUGCUUGUGCCUCUACCUCCCCUUCCCCUACCACCCCCCAUGCACCCACACGGAGGCCCUCCUCCACUUCCACAUCCUCAACCUCACGUCCUAUCUCCUCACCUUCCUCACCCUACACCCCAACUUCCUGCUCCACCCCAUGGGCAACCACUUCCACCUCAUCCUCCACAUCCACAAGCCCAUCCCAGACUUCCCCAUCCAGGUGGAUCUCCACAUCCCCAACCACAGCCGGUACACCUGCAGCCUCACCCUCUCCACCAGGGUCACAGGCCCCAGCACCAACUGCCUCUGCUUCCCCACCCUCAGCCCCACCCUAUACCUCAGAGACCAGUAAGUGCCAGAGACCUGGAUGCCAAAGAGCACACAGCUCAUCAUGGAGGAGCUAUUCCACCCGGUCAGCCUGGCUGGGACCAGACUCGAUCUAUUUUGCAACAUCCUGUGCCCAUGCAAGGCCACACUCUUGAGGCCCCUCCCCCUGUUCAUUUGCGCUCCCCCUCCCCACAGAGGAUUCUUCCUCAGCCCCAAGGCACGCUUAUCCCGGAUACCGUGGCCAAAGCCAUUGCCCGAGAAGCAGCACAGAGGGUUGCAGCAGAAAGUGGCAAGGGAGACAGAAGGAUGGGGAGAUAUGGAGAGCAGGGUCAUUCGUAUCACCAGCAUCCCUCUGAUGAGGAAGAGGAAGAUGAGGAGGGAUUUGCUCGAGGACGUCGGAGAGGACCAUCAGUUGAUGAGUUUCUCAGAGGCUCUGAGCUGGGGAGGCCGCCUCACUAUAGUCACAAUGAAGAUUAUCACAGCGAGAGCAGCCGGGGCUCUGACCUGUCUGACAUCAUGGAGGAGGAUGAGGAGGAGCUGUACUCUGAGAUGCAGCUGGAAGAGGGACGACGACGCAACUCGCACAACACACCUAAGAACAAUAGUCCUGGUGGAGGUCGCCAUGACAGGGACAGUGGUAGACGAAUUCAACAUGGUGACUCCCAUCCCAAAAGGCGCCCUCUAAUGGUUCCUUUCAUUGAUGGUUACAGGAAUCGGGACCGACGCUCUCCAACAUACUAUGACGAGUCAGAGCCUGAGGAGCCUUUUCGGGUAUUUGUGGCUCUCUUUGACUACGAUCCUCUGUCUAUGUCCCCCAACCCAGAUGCUGCGGAUGAGGAGCUGCCAUUCAAAGAGGGGCAAAUAAUUAAGGUUUAUGGUGAUAAGGACACAGAUGGGUUUUACAGAGGAGCAAUAAAAGACAGGAUGGGGCUGCUUCCCUGUAACAUGGUGUCAGAGAUACGGGCGGAUGAUGAGGAAACGAUGGAUCAGCUCAUCAAGCAGGGCUUUUUGCCUCUCAGCACCCCUGUGGACAAAAUAGAGCAGAACAGAAGGGGGCUUCGCCGAGAUCAGCCCUCAAGAAGAAUGGUGGCCCUAUACGACUACGAUCCCAGAGAGAGCUCCCCUAAUGUUGAUGUUGAGGCUGAGCUGACAUUCUGUGCUGGUGACAUCAUUGCUGUUUUUGGGGACAUUGAUGAAGAUGGGUUUUAUUAUGGUGAGCUCAAUGGCCAUCGCGGCCUGGUGCCCUCUAACUUCUUGGAAGAAGUGCCUGAUGACGUGGAGGUCUAUCUGACCGACACCCCGUCCCACUACCCCCAGGAAGAGCCCGCCAAUCAGCCCAGUACCAACUCUGCUGCUAACAUAUCGGAGGGAAAACGGGUCACUCCAGAAAACACAGAGACGACAAACAACAUCACCACACCGGUUCGGGCCCCAUCCCCGAUCGUUCGCCCCCUCCUUCCAGGAACUAUGAGACCACUGAGUCCUCCGAGGGGACACCAUGUCCCACUGGACCCCAGGGAUGCCCAAGAUCUGGCAAACAAGAAGAAGAAAGGAAUACUCUCAAAGGGAAAGAAACUGCUAAAGAGACUCUCCCCUGUGAAACAACAGUAAAGAUGACAAAUAGCAUAACCUUACAACAAAUACAGUACACCUGUGGGGCUCUGUACAUAGCAUCCAUACAAUCAACUGUGAUGUGACAGUGCAUUACAGAGUGGCCAUGUGAUUUGACUCCUUGACUGCGGGAGACAAGCAAGUGAUACAAAUUUGUUGAUUAAUGGAAAAAAAAAAAAAAAAAACUUUUGUACAGUGGAGUGCCAAAAUCAAGAGGGAAGUGACUUUCAGACACAAACACAUAUUACUGUGAUGUAUUUCAAAUUAAGGGAUGCUUUUUAAAAUGAAAAACUAGGAUUUUCAUGACAUGCUUUUCUCCUCUUCUUUAUUUCACACCCUCGUCAACCUCGAGUUAUGAAGCCAUUUUUUUCCACAAUGCAUAACAUAGAAUGGCGGAAUAUCGUAUAGGGAGGACCAUAAAGAACUAAUAACAGGGAUUCAAAUCACAACAUGACAUUUAGGAAGACAUAUUUAAAGCCUUUUUUGCUCUUCAAAGGAAAAAAAUGCCAUCUUGCUCCACAAACUGUCUAAAAAUGACAUCUUUUUCAUUUCUAUAUGGAAAAAAGGGUUAACACUGAAAGUUUUAAAACCUUGAUUUUUUUAAAAUUUAGCUUGCUUAUUUGCUAAUUUAAUAAGUGAAACUUUUCAAGAUGCAUCUGCUGCCUGGGGCAAUAACAUUACAUAUGAUACCUUAAAGCACAAUGGAGUACUAUGUCUGCAUGCAGAAUUAUAAGUGUCUUCAGGUAGCUUCAAAGGCAUCAUCAUUCAUUGAUGAAAAUUUAGUUUUAUAAUUUUAAACUUAAAGAAAUCUAAAUAUGACACUGUUACAACUUUUUGAUGGUUCUCACAAAUAAAAUUUCAAUUUUUAUUUUUUUGCAUGACAGCAUUGAAAAAUACAUUUGAACUUGGCUGCAGUAAGGUAAAAUGCAGAUUAUGAAUAUAGUGGACUUUGCCAUCAUAUUUGAUUAAAAAUUCAAUGCAUUUUGAUCCAUUUACAGGACGAAUGUUGCCUUAUUCUUUAUAUCUUUAAGGAGAAUAAAGGUAGAAAUCACAACUGUAGUUGAACAAUGGAAAGAGAGGCUGAUAUGAACAUAAACAGCAGUUCGAAUGGAUAUAAAGAAGAGGGGGAGAAAAUUAAGGAGAUCUGAAUCUUUGGCACAGAUAGAUUUAAGAGCAAGGUAAUUUCCACCCUUUUUUUUCUUUAAAGUGACACAGAAUCAGGCUGAAUGGAGAAAAUGUGUAAAUGAUACUGUAGAUUUAAUGUAAAUGUAGUAUUUGAUCUGUAGAAUAUAGUAUUAGCCUAAAAAAAUUACUUUACAUCAACCAAAACAGAUUUUACCUUUGGCAAAAUAGAGCAACAUAAAAUUAUCAUUAUUAUGGGUUACGCUUUAUCAAUUUAUAUUUGAAAAAUUCUUCCACUUUUUCACAACACACCAUAUAAUAAAACAUUUAAAAGUUGUUAUGUGAUGCAUUUAGAUAUAAA